AUGUACUCUGCCACCCCAAACUCCAAGUUCUCUCUCCGCGGUACUGGGCCCACUCCAUCAUCGAUCAUGGCAGCUGAGUUGGAUCAAUUUACCAAUACGAAGCCUCUCCAAGGGGGUGGUUUGAUCGGUUUGGAACGGAUGAAGGAGCUGGAAAACAAAUACCAGAUCGACCAAUCCCACCACAAUGGCUCUCUUUCUCCUCCUCCAACACCCUCUUCUCCCUCUUGCCUUGAUCAGCAGGAGCCGUCAACCCCUAUAGCUGCCCGCCGUCUGUCCGCACAACAAAAUUAUCUGAUGCUCAAAGCUGUCCGGCGAAGCCUCGUUUUACCACCACUGUCAAUCACCAUCCCCACAGGGCUGACUGAAGCCGCCAAACACGAGUUUAUAAGAGAGACGGACUACCAAGCAGAAAGGCAAGAGGAGAGCCAACUUCAACCAGGAGCUGUUGCGGAGCCUUUGCACAAGCAAGUCAAAUUCCUUGCACCCGACGAGGACGAAGAAGAGGAGGAAGAGGCCGAGAUGUCAGAUCAGUCUUCAAUCUGUCAGUCUCCUAGUUGGGAAAAUUACGGCGAGAGGAAGAAAAAAAAGAAGGAAGAUGCAGACCGUCGGAAGAAGGAGAAGGAGCAGGCAGAAAAGGAGGCAAAAGCAGCCAAGAAACGCCUAGCUGCCCGGCUGAGCAAGGCACCUCCCCCGAUGUUGCCGCGGUCUCCGACCCAAGAAAACCCAAGGAUCACCGCACUCGCCUACCCAGAGCGAUCGAUGUCCGAUACGCUUCUCACCAACAAGCAUCUCUUACCAAGCUCCCACCUCGUCACAGCGCAAAAUGUCGACAAGUCACUGUCAGCAGAUGAUUUGCAACGACAUAGCCGGCCAUAUCAUACUAUUGCUUCAGCAGGGAGGGGUAACGCUUCCCUUACCCAAGGCGAGUGCCAAGAUCAGCUUUUGCCUCAACACACUGUUCGUUAUGAGAGCUUUGAUCAGCGGCCACAGCCGCGCCAAACACACUCGGAGAGCCUAGGCGUUAUGAACGCAUCGUCAUGCCAGGUACCAUCUCCUCGGAGAGAGGCGUUCCCCCCUUCUUCCUCGAGAACUCCGAUGCUGCGAGCAACAAGACCUGCUACAAGCCAUGGCCGGAGCAAUAGUCUACUACAAGGGGCAUCCCGACUGUUCAAGGGGAAAGAGGACGAACACAGAGACGACAAUGCUGGCCCUCAACUGCAAGACUCCCCGCAAAUUUUCGAGGAGGAUACACGAGGUCGGCCCAGAGACGGAUAUGUUCGUCAUAACAGAGUUCAGAGCGCCAGCCGUGCAAUGGCUGGAACUGCAGACGACCAACUACCCAGCAGUGCGAGCUUCGGACCAUCAUCAAGGAGUAGUUCUCAGACAACCCAAACACGACGCUCAUCGCUAUCACAAGAAGCCCGAAGUGCGGCCAUGAAGCUCGUUGGCAUCAGAACAAGCUCCGCAGCCAAGUCGGAUCGCCUUACCGACAAGAAGCCAGCCAAAGAGACUGAUUACUUCAACUUCAUGGAGCACGCGUAUUCGGCUGCUGUUCUCUCGUCCAUGGCUACCGCAGGAAAACCUAAGCCGGCUCCAGAGGCGCCAACUCCUCCGAGAUCGCAGAACUCAAUCGGAGAGGCAUCUGUGACAUUGACGAUUGCAUCCUCCAGUUUCCAGGGGUCUUCUGUUGCCGGGUCUGACGCAGGUAGCCAAGCUAAGAAGAACCGCAGUCUGAAGGACGCGGCAAGGGCAGCAUUGGGCAUGUCAACAGGGCAUCCGGCAACUCCUGAUGCAGUGAGAUCGCCUGUACAAGCACCUCCUUACCUAAGGUUCCGAUCUCGAAUUAGCUCGCAGACUUCAGCCGUUUCAACGCCGAAUGCCUUCCCGCCGGUCGUUAAACACACAAUAUCUGGUUCUCCUCGAUCAGUUAUUACCCGGGAAGGCGAGACCUUGACUAAACACAGCUCUGACACAACGCAGAGCAAUGUGAUCAACACGACGGAAGUGGCGCUACCGCAGGUUAGUGCUUCGGAAGGCUCAUCGUCAUCAUCCGCCUUCGACGAAGCAUCACCACUUCCCUCGCCAACGACCACCCCGGAUACAUCGAGGCCCCAAUCCUCUAAGGACAUGCCAUUGGUGUCGAACGAUAUCACGAGCAGCCCGACAAACCUGGAGGCAGGGCAAGAUGACGACCGGACUGUCCGUCAACGAUCGGAAGAUUCGGCCUCACAGGCUUCCACCACACCUCGGGAUGGCUCUGAGGUACGCGACAGCAAUAAGGGGCUCACGACGGGCGAGGAGUGGAGCAUGUCUGGUCUUUUGAUAGACUUGGGCUUUGACACGCAAUCACCGAUUAGCGCACUUGCGAACGGCGAAGUCAAGGCCAAUCACGGUGUUAAGCGAUCGACUGCUGGCUCAGGUUCGUCUUCACCGAGUGAUUUCAGCCGCCCUUCUUCGAGAGGCAAAGACACUACUCAGCAUCAACCCAUGUUGGACCGGGAGGAGGAUACCCGUCCACAGCUCAGAAUGUCUAAGUCACUUUCUGAUCCGGACAUCCGUGCUACUAUUUCACCGCUAGUUGCUCACGCCACCUUGUCAUCGCCAGAGGAUGCCAUAAUCGUUCCCCCAAGGUCACCUAAGCGUACUCGCACUGCUGGCUAUUUUGCUGCUGAAAAGAGGGGCCAUGAACAGAAGCUACAUCAGGCAUUCUCAUGGGAGAGGGGAGAUGAGGAGAGCUACCAAACGGUAUCGAUGGCAGAAGUGGCAGCUAGGCAAAGGACUGAAGUUGUUAUGGGGACGGAACUAAGAUUCGAUAUGGGCGGGGAGGAACAUAGGGGCAAGAGACGGCAAAAGCUGACGUCUUCCCGGAUGCCCAGUCAGACGGGAGAAAUACGAUCUCAACAACCACGAGUUGUCAGUGGAGAACGGCAGAAGUCGGGAUACCGGCAUCCCAGCUCAAGUGAACCGUCGCCCAUGCACGACAGCUUUUCAUCAGCUUCUACUUUAGCCGCAGGCGGCUAUAGUCGAUCGAAGUUCACUACCCUACCCGCAGGCUUUGCUUCUUCUCCAGAUCUUCCCGGCUCAUCAUCUAGGCAGGCCGAGGAAUGGCCUGAGUCCAACGCCUCUGGCUUCCCCAUUAUCACCACCUCCAUCAACCACUUCCUACUCCUCAACAGCAUCCCGCUCCGCCUCAACGCCUCCAGUCUCCAUCCUCAAACAACCCCGCCCACCCAUGCCCCCAAUCCCAACCUCAAUGCCUAUCCUCUCCGCACUCCCUAA